GAAUAUAAACAUCACUCCCUCUCUGCUUCUCACUUGCACAAUAUUUUUACACAUAAAUAUUUAUAUGCGCCCGUGUGAUUUCAACAGCUGUAUCGACCUUCUCUCUUUGAAACACAAGUCUCUCUUUCUAGUAUUAUGUCGGAGAAACGAAUUAGAAUGGUCGAGAAAGGUAACAACAAGAGACGCCGAGUGAAACUUGUUCCCGAGUUCUCCAUCAACGACCAUCAAGACGUGCUCGUAGAAAUACUCCGACGACUAGACGGCCCUUCUCUCUGCUCAGCCGCUUGCGUGUGCCGUCUCUGGUCGGCCGUGGCUCGUAAUGACUCAGUAUGGGAAGAGCUCUGUUUCCGACAAGUGUCACCACGACCAUCACUUCCUCUUCGCUCCAUCGUGUCGGCUCUAGGUGGCUACAGACGGCUCUACUUCCUCUGCAUCCGUCCGGUCCUCGCUCGACUCCCUAAGAUCAUAUGGAGCCAAGACCAGCUUCAGCUCUCACUAUCCCUUUACUGUGUCCACUACUACGAGCGCCUUUACGUCGGCGCGUGGCUUGGAGACGCGCCACCUUCUUCGCUCAUGUUUCUCCGAAAACCUGUCAACGUCGUCUAAUACGUUCCUGAACGACCAUUAAUAAAUUAUUACUUCCUAAGAUUGUAUUCUUUAUCAUAUCAUUAUUUACUCCCAUUUGUUACAGUUCACGAAAUUUCAUCAUUUCAUUACAAGACUAUUAUUAAUAAACGUUGGAACUUUUUGUCACUCGGUUUCUUUUCUCCCUAGAUAUUGCCAAGUGCCAAGUUGCCAACGUGUAGCUGUGUUUGUCUCUUCUGCUUUAUAUGAGUAUAUUGUAAAAAAAAUCUAAGCUCAGUC